UGAAAAUAAGAAACAAUCCACAAGAAAUUUUAAUGUUUUCCCGCUUAUUGUGAUAUUCUAGAUCUACCAAGUGCAAAGGAAAAUAAUCGAAUUUAAGAAAAUGUCUAUAAAUAAUGUUAAAGCAAUGUUUAACCAACAAUACGGAUAUUCAACGUGGAGAAGUUCCGAUACCGCAAUUAAAAGACUGAGAUGUACUAAAGAAAAUUAUUAUACACAUUUAAUUCCUCCUUUGGAGAAUGACGACUUUUAUAGAGAUACGCCGAUAUUUGCCUGCAAAUUUUCACCACAAGAAGGGAACGAACAUUUUGUAGCAUUAGCUAACGAGGAAGGUAAACUUGCAGUCCAUGAUAGCAGCAAUAAUUCUAGAUAUGGCACCCAUGCACACAAUAAUGCAAUAUUUGAUUUGGCCUGGAUGUUUGACCAAAUGAAACUUGUAACCGCCUCCGGAGAUCACACCUCAAAGCUAUACUCUAUUGAAAAUGGUGAAAUUAGAGAAGAAAGAGUAUUCUGCGGUCACACAAGAUCUGUAAAGACAGUGGCUUUUCGUAAAGAUGAUUCCAGUGUCUUUGCUUCAGGUGGGAGGGAUGGCAACAUUAUUUUAUGGGACACAAGAACCAAUGCCAGCAAUUUUGUAGGCAAAGUAGAUAGAACCAUUCAUAAUUCCCAUACAGCUAAAACCUUCACACCUAGUAAGAACAGGAAAAAAUUUGGUACCCCAACGGGAUCAAGUGUCAAAUCUGUGACUGGCCUGGUUUUUCAAGACGAGAACACUUUGAUAUCUUGUGGAGCUGGGGACGGAAUCAUUAAAGUAUGGGAUAUCCGUAAGAAUUAUGUAACUUACAAGAAAGAAGCAAUGCCGAAAAAUUUUAUACUUUAUCCAGGUAACACCACAAAAAAUGGCUAUAGCAACUUGAUUAUCGACAACGAGGGAGUUAAAUUAUAUGCCAACUGCUUGGAUAAUACUAUUUAUUGUUAUAACAUGUGUACAUACAACAAUGAGCCGGUCAUGAAGUAUACAGGUCAUCAAAAUAAUACUUUUUAUGUAAAAUCUUCCCUCUGUAAAAAUGGCAGUUACUUAGUAAGUGGUAGUAGUGAUGAAAAUGCGUAUGUGUGGAAUACAAAGCAGUCACACCCGUUAGUGAAGCUCACAGGACACACUGCAGAAGUCACUUCCGUGGCAUGGAGUGAUAACAGUAUUAUGUUAAUAACUUGCUCGGAUGAUAUGACCCAUAAAAUAUGGACUGUUGGCCCAGAUGAUCUUCCAGAAAACUGGGAAUUCGUUGGAAAAGGUCUUGCUGAAGUUAUACCCAUAAUGGAAAAUUCUCCGAGGAAAGUGAAAUUAAAAAGGCACGUGACGGUAGAAACCAUAGAAGAUCAGCAUACACCCAAAAAAAUUUGUAUGGAAUGCGAAAGAUGCACCAAUAAAAGCUCGAAGCGAUUCUGUGAAAAUUGUAACAUGUCUUCUAAACGUAAAAGUUCUUACGAAUUAAUGAACGAAAAUAAAAGGUUACAAACGGAAUUUGGACCCAGAAGAUUAUUUUCAAAUGUAAAUAAUAUUGUUAGUGAGGAAUGUGAAACACUGGCUAAAUCAUUGGAUCCAAGUAAUGGAAAAAUAUUCCAAGAAGACUGGGAGCCACCGAAAAAAAUCCCGAAAUUGCUUUCUCCCUCUACGAGCAAAACUGAAACUUUGUUGUCUUCUCCAACCAUAAAUCUCCCAAAUUAUGUUGUAGAUGGUGUAGCUCCUCAUGUUAACUAUUCACCACCAAAGAAAAAAGACUGUGACUGGUUGACAAAAAUUAGGAUUGAAAAGAGUCUUAGAAAGGAAAUGAUAGAUAGAACUAUACGACCUAGCACGCCUAAGGCGCCAAAAUUAGACUUAGCAACUACGACUUCUAGAUCUUCGUCACCCAGAAGCCCUCUAUUAAGGUUCUUUAAAGUUACGAAUAAUUCACAGAAAUGUGACGGAAUAAAUUGUUCAAAGCCGCACAGUUGCACAAACUUUACAUCGAAUGUACAUCCAAACUAGUAAAUACAUUUAUCUUGAUUUACGUACGGAUACCUUCAGUAAAUUUUAUUUAAUGUGGAUCUCAAAUGUGAUAUGAACCGUUUUUAUUUUAAUUUUAACUUUUAUUUUAAUGGAUUUGUCGUAAAAAUAAAAUUCAAGUACAAUAUCUAAAAGGGAUAAACAGAAAAGUGUCAUGUUUGUAAAAAUAUUUAUGUACAGAACAAAUUUUAAUACAAGAAUUUUUUGUGGACCAAAGUAAAAGUUAAUAAGUUAUUACAUCAUUACAUAGUGAACUAUAGCAGGGGACAGUCAGUCUACACUAGACAGACACUUUUUUAUAUAAGUUUGACUGUAAUUAAAUCUUGUAUCAACUAGUCAUAAGUUUCACAUUCGUAAUAUACUGGACAUAUUCAGUUUUUUUUUGCUGAAAUAUUCAGUCGUUAGUCUGAUUUGUAAUGUAUGACUCCUUAAAUUAUUUUUGUAAAUAUUUGUUAUAUUUUAU